AUGGACCAACAACAAGCGGCACAGGUCCUCCAGUCGCUCCAGGAACUACAGACCGAGGUCAAUCGACUAAGAGGCCGAGAAGCUGAACUGACAGCACAGGUCGCUUCUUUUGGUGCCGGUUCGGCUGCUUCAGCUGGACCUGGCAGUGCACUGGCACAGUUGGUGCAGUCACAAAAGGAGCUUGUGGACGCCCUUAGAUCGAAAGAACAAGUCCGGUUGGUCGACAACAAGGGCCUUGGCAAGCCCGACAAGUUUGAUGGGACAGCCGAAAGAUUCUUGUCAUGGAAAAUCAAGACGUCCUCCUAUCUUGCAAGUGUUCGCAAAGACCUUCGUGAGAUUCUGGUUUGGGCCGAAGAUUGCGAUCAUGCAAUCACUGCAGAUGACAUCGACAAGGCUUUUGGGAGUCAAGCAGAUGCCAUUGACCAGGUGUCGAACAUCAGUGAAUUGAGACGCGAGCUUUGGGACGCGCUGCUAAUGCUGACAGAGCGUGAGCCCUUUGACAUCGUGCUGAACACCGGGGAAUGCGGCAUCGAAAGCUGGAGAAAGCUCACGCGGAGGUACGACCCAUCCACUGGUGGUCGCAAACGCGCUCUCCUCAAUGCAAUCUUGUCACCGGCUCGAUCCAAGAUGGAAGAUUUGCCGUCCAACCUGGAGAAGCUUCUUGACAGCAUCAGACUUUAUGAACGUCGCAAAGACGCAUCUGGCAACCGAACGAUGUUGGCAGAAGACAUCAAGAUCAACGUGAUUGAACGAUUGGUGCCGGCAGAGCUCGAGCGUCAUCUCGUUCUCAAUCGAGAUCGCUUCAAGACGUUCGAGUCCAUGCUGUCCGAGAUCCAGUCCUAUGUGGAACAUGCCACCGGCAACAAGAUCAAGGUGGUGAAUAGCCAGCCCUACGACGCACAUGGCCGUGGGGACGAUCCUAUAGAUGUCGGAAGCUUUGGAAAAGAUGCGAAGGGAAAAGGUAAGGGCAAGAAGGGAGCUGGAGGAAAACCUGGAAAGGGAAAUGCAACAGCUGAGAAGAGAACAUGUCACAACUGCGGACGCCCAGGACAUCUGCGGGCAGAUUGCUGGGCACCUGGAGGCCCCAAACAUAAGGGGACGGGAGGCAAAUCUGUGAACAAUGUCGAACAAGGUGAACCAGAAGCAGAAGACUGGGACGCAGCUGAUGGCGACGAUGGUCAACAAGCAGCAAAUGGUUUAACGCUCUAUGGCGUUGAUGGGCCACCACAUGACGAGGAUGACGACGAAAGUUUCCAGGUCGAUCCCGAGUCCGAGGAGUCGGAAGCCUCGACAAGUCGCAGAAGGUGGUUUUCUUUGCCUCACCCACGUGCGUCAUGGCCUGAAGAGUGGGACGACCCCGACUAUGAUGGACCGAGUGGAUCGAGUGGCUCAAGACCCCUUCGGUCGCUUCGACUGGAGGAGGUCACCGAGCACGAGACCACUACAUCCAAGUCCGCGUCUUCCAAGGCACCUCGAACGCCACAGGGAAGACCCAAGAGGGGCAGAAGUCCAAAGAGCUCAACACCAAAGAGAGGCAAAGCAAGCAGAUCAGGGCCAGUCACUCCGGAGUCAGCACUCCGACGCUUUCGAAUGACUUCGAUGACACCACCACCAAGGAGAAGGUUGAGGCAUGGGCCACAGACUCCAGAAGAACUUCUUCGUAGCUCUACACCUUUGCCAAAGACACCACCGACACCUAUAGCAUGGCCUGCAUCACCUCCACAACAGCCGAUAGCCUCGCCCAAGACUCCACCAGGACCACCACCAGGAUGGCAAAGCCAAGUAGCUUCACCCAAGACUCCGCCAUGUCCACCACCGGGAUGGCAAAGCUCUCAGGUGAAGCCACCACCACCUGUCAAGGCAUCAUCGGCAGCUUCGACUUCAGGUUCUCGACUUGUCCAGAUGCUGAAGGCUGCGCUGAGUUCACAAAUCCGCAAAGUCCAAGAAGAAGAUCCUGGUUCAGGAGAUGGCCAGGCAGAUGCGAUGUUAGCGGCUUUGAGGACUAGAUCUGUCAAGGCACCGCACAUCACAAAGCAGAACAUCAGCGAUCCUUCUUUCCACGACUCGAGAUACCAUGCCGAGAUUGCCAAAGGUGUUGCACACAAUGUGGCCUGGAGAAAUGAACGUUUGAGAAGACGUGCAAUCGUCCACCGACGAGGAGGAGUCAAGGCACGUGCGGCUGAAAGGAUUCGACUUGACAAAGAAUGGCAUGAACGCUUUGACAACCCAGAAAAUCCAGAAGGCAUAGUGAGAAUCGAGGAUGAAGACAACUUGGAUGCGGGCAUCGAGACGGUGGUUGUGGGCAAAGCUGGUCAGAGCACAGUGAUAGAGUUUUCAAUGGAAGAGCGGAAAACUUUGAGGCAGUUCCCGGACGACGAGGCCAAGUUGCUGCGGAAGGAUCCCAAGAAGAAACCCAUGACCAAGCGUGUUCGAAGCGUUGGGUACAGGGUGAAGAAGAAUCGCAACCGCAAUGUGGCGCGCAAGAUGGCGAGGAAGAACCGACCAGCCUUGGUUCUGAAGGAAAACACUGAAGUGAACGCAGAUGAAGAUGAUGAUGAAAUGGAAGAGGUCUACAUCGAAGAGCCUGAUGAGCCUCGAGACCGACCAGGCAGAGGAGACCCCGAUGGUGGAGCUGGAUCGGCUCCUGCUGCAGUCUACAGCUUGGGGGCCUCUGACGACUGGCGAAAAUGGGAACGAGCAGAGUUGAACAUCGACACCGGUGCUGCCAUCACUGCAGUACCACUUGACUUCGCCAAGGACUACCCGAGGAGCGAGUCCAAUGGAGCAAGCUACAAGGCAGCCAAUGCGGAACCCAUCGAAGAUCAGGGAAGUGUGAAGCUGAUCGCCAAGAACUACCACAUCGCCCUUGGACCAUCUUCGGGGAGAUUGAUCCCAAGAAACACUCCUGCGGGACGGGCCUAUUCGAAGGCCAUGAAAGAUCUGAUCCGAGAUUAUGGCGAUUCAAUGCCCAUUGUGCACAAUCGCCGAGGCAUCUAUGUGUUGGACUAUUGGGAUCCAGCUGUUUCAGCCGGAGCCGAUGCCAUGGAAGAUGGAGGCGAUGUUUCAGCCGCUUCGGCCGGAGCAGGGUCCUCAGGCGAUGUUCCAGCUGCUUCAGCCGGAGCAGAUGCCUUUGAAGAUGAAGUUGAUUUGGAAAUCGGUGAAGAACAGAGGAAAGCCAUUGUGAAGAAAGAACCACAUCAACCAUCCCAAGCUGAAGUUGACGAACAUGAAAGCACUGGACAUGUUGUCCAUCGGAGCUGGUGCUUGCACUGCAAAAGGGCACGUGUGACUGCUGAUCGCCAUGUGCCUAAGGAACUUGAUGAGCCAGAAACGCAGUUGCCCACGCUGAGCCUGGACUACUUCUAUAUGAACCAGGACCAGGUUGCGGAUGAGGCGACCCUUCCGAGCAUUGUGGCGAAGUGCCACAAGACCAAGAGAUUUUGGGCGAGCGUUCUCCCGGGAAAAGGGGCGGAUGCGUUCGCAAUCGCGUGGCUUGGGGGAGUUUUGGAUGAUGCUGAGAUAAAACGACAAUGUCGUGCUCUCCUCAGCGACCUGGAGUUCAAGCUGGAAAGGAAGGUAGAUCCGGGCCAUCCACUUUUGGUUUGGCUCCCGCGGCAUGCUGCCUUUCUCUUGACGAGAUACCGAGUAGGUACUGAUGGAAAGACCGCUUUUGAGCGGACCUAUGGACGAAAAUGGCGGAUUCCGCUUGUGAGGUUCGGUGAAAGCAUCCUGUAUAGGCCGAGGGCCAAUCGUGGGGGCAAGAGAAAUGACCUUGCUCCAAGGGUAUCCAUUGGGAUGUACGUUGGAACUGGAAACAGAAAUUCAGACGUCUUUGUCAUGACGGAACGUGGAAUCAUGAAGGGGAACUCGAUCCAUCGACGCCCACCUGACGAUCAGUUCAAACAUGAUCAGUUUGACUCGCUACGUGGCCUUCCUUGGAGGUUGCAAGAACGAGAACAUGGUGGACUGAGGAUCGCCCUUCCCGAUGUUGCAGCGCCUCGUGAAAGGCCUGCAGUGCAAGAAGUGAUCCCAAGGAACCUCUAUGUCACCAAGAAUGACUUGGAAAAGCAUGGGCACACACCUUUGUGUCCUGGAUGUGAAGCAGCAAUACUUGAGAUGCCAAGCCGAGCUCACAAUGCUGAGUGCAGACAAAGAAUCCAGAUCGAACUUGACAAGACUCCAGAAGGUCAAGAAAGGAUCAAAAGAGCGAGAGAGAGAGUUGCACAAGGCAGGCGCCCAAGAGGCGCGGCUGCACCGCCUGAGGGUGGUGGGGCAGAAGGUGGUGAAGCUACACCACCAGUUGUCCCAGGAGGGGAAGUUGAACAACCAGUCUUGCAAGACCGUGUUCCUUUGGAUGCGGAAAUGGAUGCAAGUGAGGCUGUUGGUGAACCACUGGUCGACACCGAUUUUCGUGGAGAACUCAGACAGAGAGAACAAGAAAGAGAAGGAAGCCCAAAGAGGCAGAAACAAGAACAAUCCCGAGGAGAGAAAAGGAGUUCACAAGUCGACGUUGAAGAUCUUUACAAUGAAUCUUCAGCUCAGGCUUCAGGGUCAGCCGGACCACCGGCACCGGAUGCUUCAUCUGGUGUUCCGGAAGGUGCUGCCGCUGCACCAACAAGUCCUGAGACAAACCAGGAGAUGCUACAUCUGUGUUCCUUGCUCAAAGAUGUGAUCGCAAAAGGGAAGGUUGCUGAGAUCUUCUCUCCACCGCGUGUGGCUGCACAAGCCCAAGUGGUCGGGCUAGCACCUGGCUUCUCGAUUGACUUGGAGACAAAGCGUGGUGAUGGAACUCACUGGGACUUGAGUAAAGAUGAACACAUUCGUGAUCUGUUUCAACUGCUUGACUAUGAGAAACCAGAGUUCCUCGGCGGCUCACCUCCCUGUGGGCCAUUCUCGAAGCUGCAAAACAUUGUGGAUGCGAAGGGCAAUGUUUCACCUGAAGUUCGAGCGCAGAGACUAAAAGAUGGUCGCAAACAUCUGCGCACGGCAGUUUCAGCGUAUGAGCAUCAAAUGAAUGCUGGAAGGUACUUCUACCAUGAGCACCCUAAAGGGGCCGCUUCGUGGGAAGAGAGAGCUGUGAAGAGACUGAGGGCAGAUGAACGGGUGUAUGAGGAGGAGUUUUGGAAGCAGCUGCCCGACAGCGAUGACACCAUCGUGGAGCCAGUGCUUGACGCACACUCCGGUGCUGUCUUGGAUGUUGACAAGGUCAGAGCCUCGAGCACUCUUCAGAGCACGAUCAGCUUGAGUUCCGGUGAAGCGGAAUACUACUCGAUCGUUCGAGGAGUUUCCAUCGGAAUGUCGCUACAGGAGAUCUUGCGAGGAUGGGGCCUACAACCAAAACUUAAAGUGCACACAGAUUCAUCCGCUGCGCUGGGAACAUGUAACCGUCAGGGCUUAGGCCGCUCACGGCAUGUUCAAACUCGCUUUCUGUGGGUGCAAGAAAAGCUUGCACUACAUGAAUUCGAACUGGUGAAGAUCCCGACAAAGCAGAACGUAGCUGAUUUGUGCACCAAAGGUUUACCUGCGAAUGAGAUGGAAAGACACAUGCAAAGCAUGGGGUUCGAGUACUCUCAUGGUAGAGCCGAAGCUGCAAAGGCUUUGGAAUGA